AUGCCAGCUCCCCCUAAGAACACUCCAUGGGUAAAGUCAGACACUCAGAUAAGAUUAGUUAAUCCAGAUAAGUCUGGGGCAACUCGUUGCUCUGGACGAGUUGAAAUCAAUCACAACAACAGAUGGGGAACAGUCUGUGAUGAUGGCUGGGACUUAAAUGAUGUUGAGGUGGUCUGCAGACAGUUAGGCUGUGGACCGGCACUGGAGGCCACUCAAUCAGCUCACUUUGGUGAAGGAAGAGGACAAAUCUGGCUGGAUGAUGUGUCCUGUUCAGGAAGUGAAAGUUCUCUAACUGAAUGUCAGCACAGAAGAUUUGGGACACACGACUGUACACACAGUAAAGAUGCUGGUGUCAUCUGUUUAGAAAUCAGAUUAGCUGGGCCUCAGUCAGCUCGUUGCUCUGGAAGAGUUGAAAUCUUUUACAACAACAGCUGGGGAACAGUCUGUGAUGAUGGCUGGGACAUAAAUGAUGCUGAGGUGGUUUGUAGAGAGUUAAACUGUGGAACAGCUCUGAAUGCCACUAAGUUCGGUCAUUUUGGUGAACGAAGAGGACAAAUCUGGCUUGAUGAUGUGUCCUGUUCAGGAAGUGAGAGAUCUGUGACUAAGUGUCAGCACAGAGGAUUUGGGAAACACAACUGUACACACAGUAAGGAUUCUGGUGUUAUCUGUUCAGGUGUGCCAGUCAAAUUAUCUGGAAGCACUUUGUGCUCUGGAAGAGUCGAAAUCUUUUACAACAACACUUGGGGAACAGUCUGUGAUGAUAACUGGGACAUAAAUGAUGCUGAGGUGGUUUGCAGAGAGUUGGGCUGUGGAACGGCACAGAGUGCUGCUGUAUCACCCCACUUUGGUGAGGGAAGUGGAUCCAUCUGGCUUGAUGAUGUGGACUGUUCAGGAAGUGAGAGAUCUCUGACUCAGUGUCAGCACAGAGGAUUUGGGACACAUGACUGUACACACAGUAAGGAUGCUGGUGUUGUCUGCUCAGUGAUCCUCCCAAAGCCCAGAAUCUUCAUGAGUCAUGCUGGUAAAGUUGAGCGGAGAAGCGAUGUCAGCAUCACUUGUUCAAUAUCACCUCAAAGCCAACAGCUUCUACAAGGAGAAUUUACUCUGAAGCAGAUUUCAGGCUCAUUCAGUCAGAAAAAACCAACAACUACCAACUCUGCUACAUUCAAGAUCCUCGAAGUAGAUUUUGACAGUGAUGGAUUGUACCAGUGUGAAUAUUCAUACGGCUCCAGCAUCUCCACAAGUGACUCUGUCACCGUCUCCGUUACUGGUAAUAAAAUGUACUAUUGCUUAUAUUACAGUGAUAAAGUGACAGGAAAAUACUGUUGUUACUCGUAACACCCACUACAGGUUAUUAGCAUGAUAUCACAUCUAUUAACAUAAGAACUAAAGUCUUUAUUUCAAUAGUUUAUCAGUUAAUAACAGCAACACUCAAAGGUCACUCCUAAGUCAACUCUUAGAGGGUAUGAACCAAAAUCAAAACACACACUAAGUGAAUAAACAUCUUUAAUGUCUUGUCUGCAAAAGCUGAAAAUACCCAUAUUCACAAGUUUUGCUUUUGUGUCUGACUGGGAUCUCACCUGAAUGAACUUUAAUAGAUAAUUGCUAAGGAGAAGUGUUACACUUCCCUAGGUCUAAAUAAAACAAUAUGCAAAACAAAAGGCCUGUCUAGCUGCUUCAAAAAAAAAGGUCAAUAAAAACAUACAAAAGUGGCAUUAUCUGCAUAACCCCAGUGUCUGUAACAGUCAAACCUCUGGUGCCAGUGUAUGGGGUAUGCCAAGCUUACCUGUUCAGCCUCCCACCAACACACUCUGUUUUACAUACACAGAAGCCUUCAAACAAAAG